CUCCACGCCACGGGUGGCGCCUCCGUUCCAACCCACAAACCGAGCGGCGGCCGCCGCCUCCCUUUUCGUCUCUGACUUUUUCUACAAGCUCAUUCUUCCUCCCCCGAUCUCGGGAGCAGCCGAAGCAUGUCCUGGCGGUGGACUCUCGCGCGCCGCGUCGCCACGCUGGCCGCGAUCGGUGGCGGCGGUGCCCAGGCGCAGAGGCUCCUGUCCACCUCGUCAGCCGGCGGUGGCACUGGCCUCCUGGGUCGGCACUACAUACCCCUCGCCUCCCAGAUUCGGAGCAAGGUAGUUGGUUGCAGAGGAGCUGCUCUUGUGAGCUCCAGAUGGUUGCAUGAGGCCCAAUACCAGGUUCGCCAGGACGGGGCUUCCAGGGCUCAGGAACAGCAAGAUCCAUUUGAAUUAGUCGCCGAUGAGCUAUCACUUCUUGCAAAUAGGUUACGAUCCAUGGUGGCUGCUGAGGUCCCCAAACUGGCAUCAGCAGCUGAGUACUUUUUCAAGGUGGGAGCAGAGGGAAAAAGAUUCCGACCUACGGUUUUGUUGCUCAUGGCAUCAGCUCUGAAAUUUCCUUUGUCAGAGUCAACAGAAGGAAGAGUUCUCAGUAUAUUGGCAGAUAAACUCCGCACAAGGCAACAGAACAUUGCUGAGAUAACUGAAAUGAUUCAUGUCGCAAGCCUUCUGCAUGAUGAUGUUCUUGAUGAUGCUGAUACUAGGCGUGGUGUCAGUUCAUUGAAUCUCAUCAUGGGGAACAAGCUUUCUGUGCUGGCUGGUGAUUUCCUUCUGUCUAGAGCAUGUGUGGCCCUUGCAGCACUUGGGAACACAGAGGUGGUUUCUCUAAUGGCAACUGCUGUAGAACAUCUAGUUACUGGUGAAACUAUGCAGAUCUCAACAAGCAGAGAGCAACGGCGAAGCAUGGAGUACUACCUGCAGAAGACAUACUACAAAACGGCAUCAUUGAUAUCAAAUAGUUGCAAGGCUGUUGCUAUUCUUGCAGGGCACACAACUGAGGUCUCGGUGCUUGCAUAUGAAUAUGGUCGAAACCUGGGUCUAGCCUUCCAGUUAAUUGAUGAUGUUCUUGAUUUCACCGGCACCUCUGCAUCCCUUGGGAAGGGUUCAUUGUCUGAUAUUCGCCACGGAAUUAUUACUGCCCCGAUGCUAUAUGCGAUGGAGGAAUUCCCACAACUGCAAGAAGUUGUUGACCGGGGUUUUGAUAAUCCUGCAAAUGUUGAAAUUGCCCUUGACUAUCUCCAGAAGAGCCGUGGGAUUGAAAAGACAAAAGAGCUUGCACGAGAACAUGCUGAUCGUGCAGUCAAGGCUAUAGAAUCUCUACCUGAUAGCGACGACGAGGAUGUUCUGACUUCAAGGCGUGCUCUUAUUGAUAUCACAGAAAGAGUCAUCACACGGACAAAAUAGGAAGGUGUUCGGCGUCCAUAAGAUUCAGGUAGGUUGCAGCAAGAACAGUGGCGGCGUAGCUCGGCCGGUGCCAGCAGCCCAGCAGGCAGCUUCUUGCAGUUGCAGGGGCAGCAGACACAGACAGGAUCAAGGACGGGAAUGAUUCGGUGUCCCACAAGGCGUGAGCAGGCCAGGCAACGAUCGGAGCGAGGGGGCGGCGGUGAUGCGCAUGAUUCGCCGGUGUCCCCCUCGCCGGCUGCAAAAGCUCGCGGCGCCAAUAUUUGUGCGAGCAAAGGUGGAGCAGCGCCGCAGCAGGCUGGGGCUUUUGUGCUCAAGCUGAUUCCUGAAAAGAAGCGUAAAGAAGGCGAGCAGGAGAGCAAUCUACGCAAAGCGCCAUGAUAACCACUGCAAUUUGUGGGGACGUCAUGGAGCUAACUAGUGUAGGUUCAACAUAACUAAAAGACGAAAUCUUUCGCCUGAAAUUCAUAUGCGCACUCCUUGUGCAUGUAUUUAUAUGACUCGCCUCUACAUAUGUUUUUUUUUCAUUUCCCUUUUUUGAAAGAAGAAAAAAGAAAAGGGCAAAAGGACGAACAUUUUAGGUGUG